AUGCAGCAAAGUAACAGCCAGGUUUUUGGUAAACUUGGAGAAACUGUUAAUAUGUCUUGCUUUUACCAGAACCAAAUGGCCAUGCACUUCUCCUGGUACAAGUAUGAACCUGGGCAGAAUCCCAGGCUCAUCUCCACCAUUUACAAGUAUGAUCAGAAAGCCAUGUUUUACCAUAAUUUCAAGAAUAAUAUCCGCUUUUCUGUGCUAAAUGAAAAAGGGAUACAUCAGUUGGUGAUAAAUAACCUACAGUUCUCAGACUCUGCGACAUACUACUGUGGAAGUGCUUAUUCCAAUGUAAUGGAAUUUAUCCAUGGGACAAAAUUGAUAGUUGAAGGUUUACAAGGCCACAUUUUUGCCACACAACAUGAUUUAUAUCCAGUUCAUCCAGAAGAUACUGUGAGUGUGCUGUGCAAAGUUCUCAAUCAGAUUUGUGAGAGAAACCACAGUGUCUACUGGCUCAUAGGUGAAUCACAGGAAUCUCAUCCACAAAUUAUUAAAGCAUAUGGAAUGAGUUUUGAUCAAUGUGAGUGGAGCUUGGAGGCUGGUUCCAGAGCACGUAGAUGUGUCUACAAAUUCUCUAAGAGGAGCCUAAGCUUCUCUGAUGUUGGGACUUACUGUGCUGUUGUUGCAUGUGGGGAAGUACUCUUUAAAAAUAGAACCAAACUGGACAUUACAGGUGCAGAUUCCACAGAACAGAUGAUGACAUUCGUUCUGCUUUCCAUUGUUAGAACUCUCCUUCUUUUAAUCAUUAUCGCUGUGUUUUAUUUUUGGUAUUAUAUGAAUUCAAAAAGAAUCACAAAAGCUGGUUCUCCACCAUUGGGUAAGGCUUUUCUAGAAAGACCUUUCAGAGCAGAGAGACAAUAAUUAUAAAAUCAGCCUGUGAUCAUUCAUAA